AUGCCACCGGUCGCACACGUUGCCGCUGCCGGUCACACACGUCCUCCAUCGUCGCUGGUGAGCCCUUGCUCCCCUCCUCUGCUUCCCCUCUCCGCUGCCUCCUCCAGUGGCUGUCGGCGUAUCUUGCCACUGCCGACGCCUCCAGCGGGCGUCGGCACCUCCUCCAACGGUCGUCGGUGCCUCCCGCCGCUGUCUCCAGCAGAUGCUGAUACCUCCAGUAGUCGUCGGUGCCUCCCGCCACUGCCGUCGCUGCCUCCAGCAGCUGCCGACGCCUCCAACAGUCACCGGUGCCUCCAGCAGCUGGCGACGCCUCCAGCAGUCGCCGGUGCCUCCCGUCGCUACCGCCGCUGCCUAUAG